UUGACCUAUCCAUUAAUUUAUAUAUUAUCUAUACAUAUAUCUAUCAUCACCAUUUUCUGUAGUACGUAUUAACUCAAAAAAGUUAAAACUUGGGGUUCCAAAAACCCCAUUUAAUCUCUUCUUUUUAACUUCAAGAAUCUUGAAAAUGGGGAGUUAUAGAGUAUGUGUAUGUUUUACAAGAAAAUUCAGAGUAACAGAAGCAGAGCCACCAUCAGAUGUAAAAGAAGCAUUCAAGAAAUAUACUGAAAAUGGUAACCAAAUGAAUUCAGAACAGUUACUGAAAUUCUUGAUUGAAGUACAAGGAGAGACCCUUUUGACUGUUGGUGAUGCUGAUGCCAUUAUUCGUCAGAUCCUUCAGAAAAGACACCCCAUUACUAAGUUAACUCGUCAAACUCUUACUCUUGAAGAUUUUCAUCAUUUCCUCUUCAAUACUGACCUUAAUCCACCAAUUAAUUAUAAGGUUCACCAUGAUAUGAAUGCUCCCCUCUCCCAUUAUUUUAUAUUCACGGGACACAAUUCUUACUUGACUGGGAAUCAGCUGACGAGUGAUUGCAGUGAUGUCCCAAUUAUAAAGGCGCUGAAAAAAGGUGUAAGAGUGAUAGAGCUUGAUAUAUGGCCAAAUUCUGACAAGGAUGACAUACACGUACUUCACGGAAGGACAGUGACAACCCCUGUGGAAUUAAUAAGAUGUCUCAAGUCAAUAAAAGAACAUGCUUUUGUGGCUUCUCCCUAUCCUGUUGUAAUUACACUGGAAGAUCACCUAACGCCUGAUCUUCAGGCUAAAGUGGCUCAGAUGCUCACUGAAACAUUUGGAGAAAUGCUCUUUGUUCCUGAAUCAGAUACUCUAAAGGAAUGCCCAACACCAGAAGAACUAAAGCAUCGUAUAAUUAUUUCAACCAAACCUCCUAAAGAGUACCUUGAGGCCAGUGCCAGUACUACUGCUAGUAAAGAGAGACGAAAUAGCUCCCAGAGAUCAAAUUGUUCUGAGGAUGAUGUAUGGGGUGCUGAACCUUCAAGCUUGAUAGCCGAUCAAGUUGAAAAUGAAAAGAGCGACAGUGAUAAUUUUGAAGAUGAAGAUGACUCCAAUCACAGACCACAGUUAGCAUCUGCUUAUAAACGCCUGAUCGCCAUCCAUGCCGGGAAGCCUAAAGGUGGAUUAAAGGAGGCACUGAAAGUCGAUCCUGAUAAAGUAAGACGACUAAGUUUAAGUGAACAGGCUCUCGAAAAGGCUGCCGAAUCUCAUGGAACGGAAAUUGUGAGGUUCACACAUAGAAACAUUUUAAGGGUGUAUCCGAAAGGUACUAGAUUUAACUCCUCCAACUACAAGCCACUAAUAGGUUGGAUGCAUGGAGCUCAGAUGGUUGCAUUUAACAUGCAGGGAUACGGUAGAGCACUGUGGUUGAUGCACGGGAUGUUCAGGUCGAAUGGAGGCUGUGGUUAUGUUAAAAAGCCUGAUUUCUUGCUGAAUGUUGGCCCUAAUAAUGAAGUUUUUGAUCCGAAGGCAAAGUUGCCAGUUAAGAAAACCUUAAAGGUGAAAGUAUAUAUGGGAGAUGGAUGGCAUUUAGAUUUCAAGCAAACACACUUUGACUUGUAUUCGCCUCCGGACUUCUACACAAGGGUUGGGAUAGCCGGAGUGCCUGCUGAUGAGAUAAUGAAGAAAACAAAGACUAAAGAGGAUAAAUGGACGCCAGUUUGGGAUGAAGAAUUUACCUUCCCAUUAACUGUGCCCGAAUUAGCUUUGCUGCGAAUAGAAGUACACGAGUACGACAUGUCAGAGAAGGAUGAUUUUGCUGGCCAAACAUGUAUACCUGUUUCCGAGUUGAAACCUGGGAUUCAUGCAGUUCCCCUUUGUGACCGAAAAGGUGAGAAAUAUAGUUCCGCGAGGCUACUCAUGCGCUUUGAGUUUGUAUAAGGGUUCUUUAUUGUGUGUUUUUCUCAUGUUUUUGUUUUUUUUGGGUGUCAUCGGAUAAUAUUAGCAUACAUUUUUAGGAGUUUGUAAUAAUGUUGUUAUGUUCUCCUUGGAGAAGCUUGUAUUGCAAAAGAUUUCCAGGCGGCUUUGUACAGAAUUUUCUACUAGUAAACAAGAUUCUAAUGCUUGUUCAAUGA